UAGGGAUAGUUUACAGUAAUAAGUGAUGAAACUGACAGUGGAAGAACUUGGUACUGCACAGAAACAAUUAUUGGCAAAUCGUUUAGCUUGUUUAAGAGGCAUUGUUCUUGCAUUACUCUGAAACUUGUUAUCGCAUAAACAAAUCAAGGAAAUUCAAAAUUCAGCUGAGGGAUGUCAUCGUUUUCACAAAAAGUAGCCCUUAUCACAGGUGCAACUUCAGGUAUUGGGAGAUGUAUUGCAAUAAGUUUAGCAAAAGAAGGUUGUUAUCUUUCAAUCACAGGACGCAAUGAAACAGCUCUACAGGAAGUUAGUCAACUCUGUUGCAAAGCAGGCCUACCUGCAGACAAGGUUCUCAGUGUUCCAGGUGACUUAAGCACAGAUGAAGAUUGCAAACGCAUAGUUACUUCAACGAUUAAUCACUUCAAUAAAUUAGACAUCUUGAUAAACAAUGCAGGUAUCCUUGUUAGAGGUUCACUGGAAGAACUCAGCAUCGACGACUACGAUAAACAGUUGAACAUCAAUACUCGGUCUGUGUUUUUAAUGAUGAAAUUGACACUCCCUCAUAUUCUUGCUACCAAAGGCAAUAUUGUCAAUGUUUCUUCCAAUCUCUCUAUAAAACCAAUUCCAGGAUACUUGGCCUACAAUAUGAGUAAAGCAGCUGUUGAUCAGCUAACACGAAGUGUUGCAUUAGAAGUUGCAGGGCGUGGUGUGAGAGUAAAUGCUGUUAAUCCAGCGGUUAUCAUAACUGAAGUUCAUAAAAGGGCCGGAAUGGAUGAAGCAGCAUAUGAAAAAUUUCUGGAAGAUGCAAAAGCUUUCCAUCCUAUUGGUCGAGUAGGGCAAGUUGAUGAAGUCUCAAGAGCUGUACUAUUCUUAGCAUCAGAUCAUGCUUCUUUCAUAACUGGGGUCACUUUGCUAAUAGAUGGAGGAAGCACCAUUGCGUAAACUGAAAGCCACGUAAUGAUAAAUGCUGAGUAUUUUUAUUUUCUACAAGGAAAUCUCAAUGGAUGAAAUUUAUGUGGUGCCAUUUGACAUCAUCAGAAUGUCAAAGGGUUAACUUGUUUUGGGGAAGAUAUAUGCUGUCAUUUACCUGUUUGAGAUUUUUGGUGGUCAAAAAGUCUAAUGUGGAAAAGCUCUGUUCUGGCUGGCCAUUGAACUUACAGAAAUCAUAUUCUAUUUAUUUAUUUUUUUUGUCUUUGAAAAUGUAACAAAGCAAAAUAACAUGGUCAGAACGUCUGGAAGUUAGCUGAGCAGAAAUUCUUACAUUUUUUGUAAAUAUGUAUUAAAAAUAAUAGAAAUUAA